GUGUGUGUGUGUGUGAGAGAGAGAGCGACAGGGAUAGAGAGAGGGAGUAGUUAGGAGUGGUCACUCAGAUCCGCCAGUACGUAAGUUUCACUUCAGUCGCCUUCAGGCUCUAAAAUGGACGUGUGUGUUCUGUCUUUGUUACUCAGCAUUCUGUGUUUGGGGCACUAUGGGAAAUCUACAACCACAGAAGAUUGUACACCGCUUGAUCUCACUCCAUCGUCUCUGCUGGUGGAGUACGGAAAACCUGCUCACGUCCACUGCUCCAUCCAGAGCAAACCUGAGGGACCAUAUAUACUGGGCUGGGAGUCUAAAACCGAUCAGCCAAUAACAAAUACUGAGAUGAGUCUGCUGUGGAGUGUGGACAGUCUGACCGACUGGGAGGAAACUAGAGGACUCUGGUGUUACCGCACAGAUAAGGAUAACAAUCAAAUUACUUGUAAAGUAAAUCUGACCAUUUUCAAGCCCCCAGACAGCAUUACUCUGACCUCUGUGCCUAAUGAGUGGACAGAAGGAACUCAGACUGAGCUGUGGUGUGAGAUUGUAAACGUCGGUCCUGGACAGAAACUCAGUGUAAACUGGAACAGAGCAGAUCAGAAGCAAAACACCACUUUCACCGUAUUCAAUACAACAUUGUUCCCAGACCUGGUAAACAAUAUAUCGAGUGUGAGCGAGACAGUGAAGCUGAAUGUUACUGCCACGCGUGAGGACGAUGGAGUGCAGUAUCAGUGUGAAGCCGUGCUGGAUUUGGACCAACACGGACUUAAAGUCCGCAAAUCACAACCAAUCAACAUCACUGUACACUAUAAACCAAUCAUACGACAGUCUUCCUAUCAGGUUCAUGUGUACUCUGGGGAAAGCCUGACGAUAGACUGCUCAGCAGAUGGAAACCCCAGACCUGAUUAUACCUGGACUUUACCUAAUAACACCUUCAGUCCAAACUCCUCCAUCACCAUUACCAGCGUCCGCACUGAACACCAAGGGCGGUACACCUGCAUCGCCACCAACUCCGCCGGAGAGGCAACAAUGAAUGUGACUGUAAUAGUUACACCGAUCAUCAUAUACAUCAUGAUCAUCGUGAUCGGUGUAGUGGUUGGUAUAGUGCUGCUGGUAGCUUUGGCCUGUGGUGUGUACAGGAUGUGUUACCGGCCCACAUACAUGGGUCAGUACAUCCUGAAGCAGCUCACCUCCCACAGACAGAAUGGACACGUGGACCACAACACUGAAAACCAGGAACAACAACUCUAGACCCUGGUGAUGUGAACACAGCUAAAUUUCAGAACUCUGAUUCAGAGACCCACAGAAUACAUCCUAGUUUCAGAAUGUUCAGAGGGGAAACCUGACGCGACAACAAACCAGCCAGGGGUAGCUCAGGGGUUAAGGUUGUACUACUGAUUGGAAGGUCUCAGGUUUAAACCCCAUAACCACCUCCAAGCUGCCACUGUCGGGCCCCUGAAGGGCCUUCCUCAAUCCUCUGCUCAGAUGUAUAACACGAUUAAAAUGUAAGUUGCCAAAUGGUGUAAAUGUAAAAUCAACAUGGAUUCAACAUAUUUGCUAUACACUUAUUACCGCUAGCUUGCUAAUAAAACACACAUGAUGCAACUCGUAAGAAAACAAUUCAGAAUCUCAACUUCCCAGUUCUGAGUUUAGUUGAACGCAGUAUUAACAUUAAAACAGAGGUAACUAUUCUUGCUCAUGUAGCUUAUUUAAAAUGUUCCACUUUUUUAUUUUCUGAAACUGACUUUUUUAUGUACUGUGAAGAACACAUGAAGCCCAUGGGUGCACUACAGUAUUGUGACUUUAAUGUAAUGUGAACAUGAAACUCAGAUAUAAAACCUUACAGACCCUGUAUAGGAUACACAGGUUACCUUCUGCCUUCUACUCGUCUGCUUUUAAUGUUCAUUAUGAAGAGCUGGAGCAAUAAAACCUGAACAACCUGAACCUGGCAACCGUUGUGUGAUUUCAGUAUUAAAUAUAACUCUUAUAAAUAGCUAUGUUUGAUAUUACCAGCUGUUUAGACACAGAACAGUCUAAAGCCAUGUUUUCUGGCUUGGUUGUUCUCCUGAAGUCUUUAAUAAGCAGGAAAUGGAAAAGGAACAUGUUUAAACAACUUUGCUGGAACUGAGCCCUUGAGGAAGUUUCAUUAUGAGAAGUGUUCCCCAUCAGGCUCACAGAGGAUAUCUGCAAAGUAGACAUGAAGCGAUACUCUGAGGAAAGUGAAAGUUCCCUCUUAAAAGAGAAUAAUUACUGGAGAUGAGACACGGAUUCAUCACUACGAGUCUGAGAGUCUGGAACGGAAACAUCCUCAAUCACAGACCGAGAAAAAGUUCAAAAAUCAACAAUCAGCUGGAAAAUUCAUCAACGCUUACAGUUUUAUGGGAUUCUCAAGGGCCAGAAGUAUUGGAACAUCACUGGCGGAAAAUGUUCAACAAUCAACAGUGCUCGUUACAGUGAGACGCUUAUUGAAGAGCUGAAGACUAAACAUCAGAUUAAACACAGAGGACUGAUAUCCGAGGGCAUCGUGAUCUCACACACUUCUGCUCCACACUGUUGACACUCUGAGGUGUUGAAGCGUCCUCACUAUAGUCCUGAUCUCACUCCAUCUGACUCUCUGACCUCUGUGUUCCCCUGAAAGCAGAACUACGAGGACAAAGACUCACUUCUGGUGCAUCUGUGGCUCACAGCUCAUACUAAAACAUUUCAAUACUGGUAUAUGAAAGCUUGUUGACAGACAACAGAGAAGAUUAUGUUGAAAAUAGUGCAUUUGUCCUACAGAUAAUCUUUGACUCACCCUUGUACAUGAGCAGUCCAGAGUGACGUCAUAGAUGAACGCUGACUUCCAGUAAAUGCGGGACAUUCUUCACAUACCAUUGUUGAUUUUACCUUAAACCGGACACUCGCAGGAUAUUGAACACUGACCUCUCCACAUGAGACCAAGUGCAUCAACAAAACACUAAGAAAGACGCUUAGACAAGCUGGUGAAACAGCACCUACUAGUGGACAAAUUAGGAAAAUUAUAAUACAAGUGCCUCUCAAUAAAUUAGAAUAUCAUUAAAAACUUGAUUUAUUUCCGUAAUUCAAU